AUGGAUGCUUCCUCGCUAUGCAAUGCGAUUUCAGGCUCGCCGCAUGGCUUCCUGGUUCCCUCCAAUGAAUUGCAUACUGCUUCACGACUCGCGACGAAGAAUUUCCUCGACCCGCUCGCAUCCAGUUUGACAACUCUACAGGACCGAUGGCACAAAUCUCAGAACAACGGUCAAAGGGUCAAGAAGAAUUCUAGCAAAAACCGGUUCCGCGUACAAAAGCUUUAUCUCGAUGGCUUCUCCGUUGGGCAGGUGUGGGAACAGGUUGUGAGAAUCUUAGAUGAGACAAACGAUCAACUGAGCAACGACAUAGAAGAAACCGAAAAAUCUUUGCAGAAGAGUGUCGGCAAGGGAAGGCUUCAUUCACCGCAGUCCAUCGCAUCCGACCAAGAUGAUAGCGCGCUCGAAGACGAUAUCAGCCGAUCGGAACUAGAUUCACAACUUGGCGCCGAGGACUCCAAUCUUGAUUCAGAGGACGUGGAAGAUGACAUGGAGGAGGAUGUCGAAGAGGUAUCCGACGAGGAUGAAUCAGAUGCGGAUAUUGAAGAAAGAUCUACAGUUUCGGAAGAUGCCACCUCGGAGACAUAUGUCGAAGACAAGUUCGGCUUAAAUGACGGGUUCUUUUCUAUCGACGACUUCAAUAAACAAAGUGAAUAUUUCGAGAGGAUGGAUACAAGGGGCGAUCAAGACGAACCCAGCGACGAAGAGGAAGUCGAUUGGCACGCCGACCCAACCUCAGCAACAACAUCAACCGCCCGACUGUCUAAAUCCUCUGCGGACAAAGAUGAGAUUGAAGAUAGUGAGGAUAGUGAUGCAGGCCCGACCUUUGGCGAUGGAGAUUUCGGGGAUGGCGAUAGCGAUGAGGAACUAGAAGAGAACGAAAUGGGUGCGGACUGGUUAGACACCAACGACAUCAAAUACGACGACUUCUUCGCUCCACCCCCUCGCAAAGCCUCCAAAAAGAAGGCCAGACCACUCCCAAAGACACAGCCCACAGCAGCACCCACUGAUGACGAUAUCGAACGUGCUAUUUCAGAUGUUCGCCGGGAUCUGUUUGAGGAUAUCUCGGAUCAAGCAGACUCUGACGUGGAUAUGGAUGCAGGAGAGGCCGAGGGAGGACGCUCAACACAUGAAAAGCAGAAAGCCAAAAUAGCGGAUGAGAUCCGUCGACUAGAAAUGGCUAAUGUCGCGAAAAAGGAGUGGAUGCUCGCUGGUGAAGCUAGGGCACCGCAGCGGCCACUCAAUUCACUGAUUGAGGAGGACCUCGAAUUCGAACGUAUCGGCAAACCGGUGCCCGUGGUUACCAGUGAGACUUCGGAAGAGAUGGAACAACUCAUCAAGCGGAGGAUCAUUGCCAAGGAAUUUGACGAGGUCGUUCGACGCUUACCCGACUCUGUUCGACAGCAUGAUAUUAGUCGAGGACGUGUUGAAGUAGACCAAACCAAGCCUCAACAGAGUCUUGCUGAGAUAUACGAGAACGACCAUCUACGAGCAACAGACCCCUCAUAUGUGGACCAGAAGAACGAGAAACUCAAGAAAGAACAUGCCGAGAUCACACAGCUAUGGAAAAGCACCAGCUCUCAGCUUGACGCAUUGUCAAACUGGCACUACAAGCCUAGUGUGCCUCAGCCCAAUAUCAAUGUCAUUACAGAUGUCGCUACAGUGAUGAUGGAAGACGCCCGACCUGGUGGCAGUGCAGUUGUGGGAGAACAAGGAACUUUGGCUCCUCAGGAAGUAUAUCAUCCCAAGGAUGGCGCCGGUCUUGGAGGAGAAGUUGUCUUGAAGAAUGGUGUAUCUGUGGCCAAGGAUGAAAUGAGCCGCGAAGAAAAGUCCAGGAGAAGGCGAAAUGAGAAGAAGAAAUUCAAGGCAACAUCGCAACAACCCGGUAAACAGAAGAAGACGGAUGAAGGGCAACAGAUUCUGUCUGAUCUCAAGAAGGGUGGCGUGCAGAUGGUUGGACAAGGGGGUGAGCUGCAGUCUCUCAAUGAGCGUCGCAAGUCUGGCACUGCCACAGCGGCUCAAAGUGAUAGCUUAAAAUUAUAG